AUGAGGCACAGUCUCCACUUGACCUUCAUGUGUCUGAGUCUCCUCACUGGAAGGAUGUGCAUCCAGGGGAAUCAGUUUAACAUCAAGGCCAGCAGAAGUGACAAGCUGUCCCUGCCUGGCUUUGAGAAUCUCACAGCAGGAUAUAACAAGUUUCUCAGGCCCAAUUUUGGUGGAGAACCUGUUCAGAUAGCACUGACUCUGGACAUUGCAAGUAUUUCCAGUAUUUCAGAGAGUAACAUGGACUACACAGCCACCAUAUACCUCAGACAGCGCUGGACGGACCAGCGGCUGGUGUUCGAAGGCAACAAGAGCUUCACUCUGGAUGCACGCCUAGUGGAGUUCCUCUGGGUGCCAGACACUUACAUCGUGGGGUCCAAAAAGUCCUUCCUCCAUGAAGUCACUGUGGGAAACAGGCUCAUCCGCCUCUUCUCCAAUGGCACAGUCCUGUAUGCUCUCAGAAUCACAACAACCGUUGCAUGUAACAUGGACCUGUCUAAAUACCCCAUGGACACACAGACAUGCAAGUUGCAACUAGAAAGCUGGGGCUAUGAUGGGAAUGACGUGGAGUUCAGCUGGCUGAGAGGGAAUGACUCUGUGCGCGGGCUGGAGAACCUGCGGCUUGCUCAGUACACCAUACAACAGUAUUUCACGUUAGCUACCAGAUCGCAGCAGGAAACAGGAAAUUAUACAAGAUUGGUCUUGCAAUUUGAGCUUCAGAGGAAUGUCUUGUAUUUCAUUUUGGAAACCUAUGUUCCUUCCACUUUCCUGGUGGUGUUAUCCUGGGUUUCAUUUUGGAUCUCCCUUGAUUCAGUUCCUGCAAGAACCUGCAUUGGAGUGACCACUGUAUUGUCAAUGACCACACUGAUGAUUGGGUCCCGCACUUCUCUUCCAAACACCAACUGCUUCAUAAAGGCCAUUGACGUGUACCUGGGGAUCUGCUUUAGCUUCGUGUUUGGGGCCCUCCUGGAAUAUGCAGUUGCCCACUACAGCUCCCUACAGCAGAUGGCAGCCAAAGAUAGGGGGAAGACAAAGGAUGUGGAAGAAGUCAACAUCACUAACAUCAUCAACAGCUCCAUCUCCAGCUUUAAACGGAAGAUCAGCUUUGCCAGCAUUGAAAUUUCCAGCGAUAACGUUGACUACAGUGACCUGACAAUGAAAACUAGUGACAAGUUCAAGUUUAUCUUCCGAGAUAAGAUGGGCAGGAUUGUUGAUUAUUUCACAAUUCAAAAUCCCAGUAAUGUUGAUCGAUAUUCCAAACUACUAUUUCCUUUGAUUUUUAUGCUAGCCAAUGUAUUUUACUGGGCAUACUACAUGUAUUUUUGA